AUGGCUUUGUCAUUUACAGCUUUUAUGAACCUCUUCUUUACAAUUUUACUCGCACAAGCUACCAUUAAUUUGAGUUCUGAAAGCAGCAGUGAUGAUGUAGUAUGCAUUGAGAGUGAGAGAAGAGCAUUGUUGAGUUUCAAGCAAGAUCUUGUUGAUCCUUUCAACAGGCUUUUGUCUUGGAACGCUUCUCAUAAGAACUGCUGCAAAUGGGCUGGAAUUUUGCUUGGUUUGAAGCAUCUGAGUUACCUAGACCUCAGCUACAAUUAUUUUGGAGGGACUCAAAUUCCCAUCUUCAUGGGUUCACUUGUGAGUUUAACAUAUCUUGACCUCACAAAUGCUGGCUUUAAGGGACUAAUACCUCCCCAACUUGGAAACCUCUCGAGUUUGACUCAUCUUGGUCUUCAAGGUCAAUUUUAUCGGUAUGAUCAGCCUGCAGCUUUAUAUGCUGAGAAUCUUCAUUGGCUUUCUGGUCUUUCUUCGCUACAACACUUGGAUAUGAGCCACGUGAAUCUUAGUAAAGCGUUAGACCAUUGGUUGCAGGUAAUAAACAGGCUCUCUUCUUUGUCAGAACUGCAGUUGUACGGCUGUGAGAUUUCUCAUAUUAUUCCUAAUAAUUCUGUGUUAUCCCUUUCCGUCCUUGACAUUUCAUCGAACAAUUUUAAUUCUUUCAUACCGGGAUGGAUUUUCAACAUGAACAGUUUAGUGUAUCUUGAUCUAAGCUACAACAGAUUUGUAGACCCAUUUCCCAAUAGUUGUUGUUGGAAUUUAACUUCCCUGAGAGGCCUUAAAGUUGCUUAUAACCAGAUGAAUUCUUCUUUGGCCAUUUGGUUAUCUGGUCUGAGUAGUCUAGUGGCUCUUGAUCUAAGUGGUAACUCUCUACAAGGUCCACUUCCAAGCAGCAACCGAAACUCGACUGCUCUUAGAUACCAUGAGCUGGGUGCAUGUGAACUAAAUUCAACCAUUUUCAGUGGCUUUUUGUACGAUUUGGGCAGACUUGAAUACCUCGGCCUUAAUCGGAAUAAUAUAGAGGGUGUAAUCUCAAGUGCGUUUCAAAAUCUUACGUCACUUGUUCAUCUUAAGAUGUCUGGUAAUUCACUGGAAGGGGAAAUCCCUACAUUUAUGGGAAAUCUUGCGUCACUCGUUUAUCUUGAAUUGUCCUAUAAUUCACUUGAAGGAGAAAUACCUUCAUCUUUGGGAAAUCUGACGUCAAUUGUUCGUCUUUACUUCGUCAAUAAUUCACUUGAAGGGGAAAUACCUUCAACGUUGGCAAAUCUUUGUAAUCUGGAGGAAAUUGAUUUGAGUGAUAACAAAUUUGGUGGAAAGGUGUUAAAUGCUUUUGACAGCUUGUCCUCAGGCUGCCUUUCGAAUAGUUUGAGGUCAAUCGACUUGAGUGGGAAUUCCUAUUCUGCUUUACAAGUUUUAGAUGUCGGAAGAAACCAAUUGAAUGGAUCUCUUCCAGAAAGCCUUAGUGGUCUCUCAAAUUUACAUGGUCUUGACAUUACUUGGAAUCAUUUAGAAGGUGUUGUUACCCAACUUCACUUUGCAAAUCUCACUAGUUUGUCGGUGUUAAUUGCUUCUGGAAAUUCAUUGAAUCUAAGACUUCAAAUCAUGGAUUUUGCUGACAACAAUCUUUCUGGGAUUGUACCAAAGUGUUUCAUCAAUUUUAAAGCCAUGGCCACCAAACAAGUUUCAGGAAACUUCUUGAAAGGAAGAAUUCCAGAUAGCAUUGGCAACAUGGUGUGGUUGGAAUCUCUUGAUUUCGCAAGAAAUCAACUUUCCGGUGUAAUUCCUCCAAGCUUGUCAAGUUUAACUUUCUUAAGUUACUUGAACUUAUCUUACAACAAUUUGUCAGGAAAAAUUCCAUUAAGCACCCAACUCCAGAGUUUUGACGCUUCUAGUUUCAUCGGCAAUGAACUCUGUGAACAGUCACUUUAUAACAUCUGUGAUGAAGACCAGUCAAAACCUACUAUCAACAGUGGAGAACAGAAGGCUGAUGAUCGAGAUGAAGUUGGCCGCUGGUUUCAUUUGGGCAUUGGAACAGGUUUUGGAAUAGGAUUCUUUGGUGUAAUUGCUCCAUUAGUCUUCUCCACAACCUGGAGGCAUGCUUAUUUUGGCUUUUUUGGUUACUUGUGGUGCAAAAUUCUCUACGAGUACAAUUGCCUUUGGCUUUGA